GUAUGGAAGUAUGGCGGCACCAGCGACACAACUACUCUUCGGCCAAAGUUUACUGCUCAGGUUUUCACGUGAGAGCGAUGAAUAAGUACGCAAAUCGAGGGGACGGUAACGAAGAGCUCGGAGACUGUAAACACCAGGGAGGACUUCCAGAAAGAGUCGUCGGUCUCUGGCCAGCGGAGCUUACUCGAUUUCUCUGCACCUCCUUGAUUGAAGUCCCUUUAGUCCGGGUACCACAGGGGAAGAAACUCCGCAAGAUACGGAAGUUUGAAACAAACUGAAUUGUCUGGGUUUUGGAAAAAGACAUUGCAAAGCGUUUUAUUGUUGUGACCGGAGAUGUUGUUUUGAGAUAUUUGAGUGCACUUUUCGGACCCUUUUAAGCAGCGUGUUAACAGCUAACAAACUGUUGAGUGCUCGAUGAGCAUUUAAGGGUCUGGCGCUGCAUACCACCAGCUAACGUUGGUUAGCCUCCAUGGCUACCUUCAACAUUAGCUUGAGGUCGCCAGCUAACCAACAAUACACAUGUGUAUAUGUUACUCUGAAAUGUCUUUCUUUGACCUCUGAAGCACUCAGGAUCCAUUAAUGCAUGAUAAACAGAGACAUACUGGAGUAAUACGGAUCUGCAUAGGUGACCUGCAUCACCCACACUCCAAGAGAGGACGGACUGAGCCAGGGAAAGGGGUUCCUGUCUUCUCGCUAUCCCGUCCCUGCCGUGUGGCAAACUGUUAACAGUGAGCAACUGAGUCCAGCUUGGAGAGUCCCGGCUGCGGCCUGGCACCGUGCCCUUAUGGGGCAGCAGCCGGGGAAGUUUGUAGGGGACCAGAGGAGACCUAGUCUGCCGGCCUUCAUCAAGGGUGGAAGGAGAGAGUCGCAACGCCAUGGGAUCCAGCCCUGUAACGUUUUUGCUGUGCACGAAGCUCUCCAGAGACCGGACUUUGAGAGUCAGGGUCUGACAGAAGCCGCCCGCUGGAACUCCAAAGAGAACCUGUUGGCCGGCCCCAGCGAGAAUGACCCCAACCUGUUUGUCGCUCUCUACGAUUUCGUGGCCAGUGGCGACAACACGCUCAGCAUUACUAAAGGAGAGAAGCUGCGUGUGCUGGGCUACAACCACAACGGCGAGUGGUGCGAGGCACAGACUAAAAAUGGCCAGGGUUGGGUGCCGUCCAACUACAUCACGCCUGUCAACAGCCUGGAGAAGCACAGCUGGUACCACGGACCCGUGUCUCGCAACGCUGCCGAGUACCUGCUCAGCUCGGGCAUCAACGGGAGCUUUCUCGUCCGCGAGAGCGAGAGCAGCCCCGGCCAGAGGUCCAUCUCUCUGCGCUGCGAGGGCAGAGUAUACCAUUACAGGAUUAACACUGCGUCUGAUGGCAAGAAUCUCUUUCUCCUCCAGCUGUACGUCUCGUCUGAAAGCCGCUUCAACACGCUGGCGGAGCUGGUGCACCAUCACUCCACGGUGAGCGACGGCCUCAUCACCACGCUGCACUACCCGGCGCCGAAGCGCAACAAGCCCACCAUCUACGGGGUCUCUCCAAACUACGACAAGUGGGAGAUGGAGCGCACGGACAUUACCAUGAAGCACAAGCUGGGAGGGGGCCAAUACGGGGAAGUGUACGAGGGGGUUUGGAAGAAGUACAACCUCACCGUGGCUGUGAAGACACUAAAGGAGGAUACAAUGGAGGUGGAGGAGUUUCUAAAGGAGGCUGCUGUCAUGAAAGAGAUCAAACAUCCCAACCUGGUACAACUGCUUGGUGUGUGCACACGGGAGCCUCCCUUCUACAUCAUCACAGAGUUCAUGACCCACGGUAACCUGCUGGACUACCUGAGGGAGUGCAACAGAGAGGAGGUGAAUGCAGUGGUGCUGCUCCACAUGGCCACACAAAUCUCAUCCGCCAUGGAGUACCUGGAGAAAAAAAACUUCAUCCACAGGGACCUGGCCGCCCGUAACUGUCUGGUCGGGGAGAACCACCUGGUGAAGGUGGCAGACUUCGGCCUGAGCAGGCUAAUGACCGGGGACACCUACACGGCUCAUGCUGGGGCCAAGUUCCCCAUCAAGUGGACCGCUCCGGAGAGUCUGGCCUACAACAAGUUCUCUAUCAAAUCUGAUGUCUGGGCAUUCGGUGUGCUGCUGUGGGAGAUCGCCACCUACGGCAUGUCUCCGUACCCCGGCAUCGACCUGUCCCAAGUGUACGAGCUGCUGGAGAAGGAUUACCGCAUGGACCGACCCGAGGGUUGCCCCGAGAAGGUCUACGAGCUCAUGAGGGACUGUUGGAGGUGGAACCCCACUGAGCGUCCAUCUUUUGCUGAAACACACCAAGCCUUCGAGACCAUGUUCCAGGAGUCCAGCAUCUCUGAUGAGGUGGAAAAGGAGCUGGGAAAGAAAGGGAAGAAGGCGACAUUAGGUCCCAUCCAGCAGGCUCCACAGCUGCCCACCAAAACCAGAACUCUCCGCAAAAACAUGGACAACCGGGACGGAGAUAGUCCAGACCCUUUGGAUCCGGAUGUAGCUGUGUCUUCACCCAUGCUCCCCAGGAAAGAGCGCCCCCUGCUAGACAGUAACCUGAAUGAGGACGACCGCCUAAUACCCAAAGACAAGGACAAGAGCCGUGGCAGUGGUUUCCUCAGUCUCAUAAAGAAAAAGAAGAAGAACGCGCCCGCUCCGCCCAAACGCAGCUCGUCCUUCAGAGAAAUGGACAUCCACCCAGACAGGCGGGGCGUGACUCCAGAUCUCCGAGAUGGCGACAACUUCAACAACGGUGCAUCAUUGACCAUUAGUGACAUCACACAUGGCCUUGACUCCGCAAAGUUCCUGAGUGCUAACAACAACGGGGCCGGGGGCAUCACCAACGGGGCCCCUACCUACCCUGGGCCUCUGUUUCCACGCAAGAAGGGGGCUCCUGCAGUGCCCGGCCCUGGAGGAAAAGCAGCCACCACACCACCCAGCGAGGAGGAGCCCAUGUCCAACACCAAGCGGUUCCUCUGGUCCUCCAGCAUGCCCAGCGGCUCCGACGGCACCGAGUGGAAGUCCGUCACGCUGCCCCGGGACCUCGGCCAGCGCCACUUCGACUCGGGCACCUUCGGGGGAAAACCAGCUCUGCCACGCAAGAGAACCAGUGAGCAGAAAGGGGAGAACGCCCCUCGGAAGGGCACCCUGACCCCGCCGCCGCGUCUGAACCUCCUCUCAGACGUUUCCUCUUCCUUCUUAGGCAAAGACACUGACCCCAGUCCUGGCUCCAGUCCCCAGGCACUGACGCCCAAGGUGGUCCGGAGACCGGGGUUGCCGGGACUGGAGAACUCCAAGACCAGCGCGCUCCACGCAGAGCUCCUCAAGCCCAACGUGUUCCCCGCUUUAGGGGCCGCUGGAGACGAGUGCAGGGCCCGCAGAAACAAGCACUCCGGGGAAUCUGUCAGGGAGAGAGGAAGGAUACAGAAACCCAAGCCAGCCCCGCCUCCACCCCCCACCAACGCCAAAUCAGGAAAGAUUUCUCGCAGCCCCACUUCAGAACCCCCCUCCCCCUCAGACAUCAAAGCUAAGGGCCUCCCCUCUCCCUCAGAGCCCCACCACACAACCACUGCCAGCGAGCAAGCCCGCUCCCCCCUCAGCGAGGGCUCCAAGAAGCUGUCCCUGGGCUCCACCUCCAAACCUCAACCGCUAAAGACCUCCACCUCCUCCUCUUCUGUGACCACCUCCCUCUCCAGCCAGAGCCUGGGAGGCUUCUCUUCCUCCCUCACCGCCCCCGGCGACCUGUGCUCGCCCACUGCCUUCAUCCCCCUAGUGAACACCAGACGCUCCCUCCGCAAGACGGCCCCCCGCCAGGCAGCCGAGCGUACCCCCAACUCGGCCGUGACGCGCGAGAUGGUGCUGGAAGGCACCGAGCGGCUCCGCACGGCCAUCUGCCGAAACUCUGAGCAGACGGGCAGCCACAGCGCCGUGCUGGAGGCCGGCAAGAACCUGUCCAAGCACUGCGUGAGCUUUGUGGACUCCAUACAGCAGAUGAGGAACAAGUUCGCUUUCCGCGAGGCCAUCAACAAGCUGGAGAACAGCCUGCGGGAGCUGCAGAUCUGCCCCACCGCCACCGGGGGCGCCAGCGCUCAGCAGGACUUCAGCAAGCUGCUGGCGUCCGUCAAAGAGAUCAGUGACAUUGUUCAGAGGUAGCGCCAUCAAGAUACCAAGAACUGAAACUGAUACAGACUGUUCCCUACACUACCCUCUUUCCUGAGCAGUCCAUGCUGAGCUCCAGUAAGGGGGGGGUAACGCCUGCGUGCGAGCAGCGGAGUGUCACUACAGUUCACUCUGAGACACUUCAGCCUGUGGUGACUGUGGAUGGAAUCAAAGGAAUCUCUCUGUAGGGUGGUGAGAGUUUGCAAUAUUGAAAAGCCUUAACGUGAAUGAACUGUCUUUAUGAGAGGCGAGGGGCCAACACUUUAUCAACGUGACUUUUCACCAAUCGUUUCUGAAAUGAUCAUGUCUUAUGUACUCUCGCUGUGCUCUCCCCCUUUAUCGAUGACACUAGUAGAGGCCUUUGAUAUGUCACUGUUCAAAGAAUGAUUUUUCAUCGAUGCCAAUGACAAUGACAUAAAAACACUUAACCUCAUCUUGUUCUAGGAUGCCUUCUAACUUUUAAACAACUGAUCUCAUAUUUCCAUUGUCACAUUGUGAGAAUCAGGGAGCAUCUGGAUUCAGUGUUUAUGAUGCCUCUGUCCAACAUGUUGCAUUUCAUCAGUGACUGGUUGAGUGCUGAAAACGUGUCAGUGUUUGUUCCGUAUGAAUGCUUUUUUUUGCAGUAUUUGCAACCAUGUGCCAUAAAAUAAUAAUGGGAGCAAGCAAAGACGGCAGAAUGAGCUUCUGGUUUUCACCUUUCUUGCCUCACUGCUCACUUUGGUGACAAGUAGUGCCUUCAACACUAUUGGCAGAGAUGUUUAGGACUAGCCUCUUCAGAGAUGUGGCAGAGUGGAUAAGAACAGUUUUGUUUAUUAGAUAUACAUGUGUUAUUGCCAUACCAAAAAGCCUUUGUCUCCAGUCGAUACUGGAGAGAGAGGGACCAGGGUGCACAAUCUGCUUCUUUGUGGAUCAGACUUUUAUGUUGUCCUCAGACUGGACCUUUUUGUAAAACUAAUUCUCUACAUGCCAGUCACAAAAGCCAUCAGUAGCAGCCCCCCCCCCCAUCCCCCUUGUUCGAUCUGUAAAGAGUGAUCAUUGUUUCUCACCAUUGAAAGGACUCUUCUUUUUGGAGGGUUAGUGACACGUUGCUGUUUCAGAGGCCUUUCCACCCCAGCAAAAAUAAAAAUAUCCUGGGGGAAACACUGGACUGAAAUGUUAAUGAAUCUGUCACUUGCUGUCUUACAAAAUAAUAAGUGAUAAGCUGACCAUUAUAGACUAAAACACCUAUGAAAUUCCACUGUAACAUCCUCUUUCAGUAGCUGUGCUGUAGUCCCGUGCCCUGUCUGACUGCGUUCACUGCAAGCUGCCUCGACUUCAACAUGGUACUGUCAGUGAUGGCUCAUCUUUUCUUUUUUUGUUGAUUCCGCUCCUUUUCAACCAUACCACUACUUUAAUGUCUAAGUCUUCUCACCAAUUUUGUAGACAAACUUUGCUUUCCUUUGUAAAUAUGUUUUCCUAUUCUCUCUUUAGCCUUGGUGCAAUUUUUGUUGCAAUAAAAUACAAAGCAGUUGUGCUACUUGAAAUACA